AUGGAGCGGCUCAAGAAUAGCGACCGCUACGCGCUGCCAGAACUCGCCUCCUUCCAGCGCAAGAUUGAGGACGACGACUUUGAAAUCGAGAUGCCGACCAAUGCGCAGACAAAAGCGGCGGCCAUCGAGGGCAAGGCGAGCAAGUCGUGGAGGGCGCUACGCAUCGCUGGCCGUAGCAAGCUGGCGGCGUUUGACCGCAUCGACGACCCUGACAAGAUCGGCGACGACGAGGUAACAGCUGGGCCGGAUGACAUGCCGGAGGACAAGAGCCUCGUCGUUGUCAUAUCAGCCGCGACAACGGAUACAGAUCGGUCGAAGCCUAUAGUAGAGGGCUUGAUGGGCAAGAUACCUGGCGUAUUCAAGCGGGUCGUCAGACAUGCGGCGAGAGAGGCGCGAGAGGGAGAGUCGGGUGGCCGGGAUUACACCUUUGUCACAGCAGAGGCCUUUAGCGUCAUGGUGGGCAACGACCAGUUUAUCGAGUUUGGCGAGGUGGAUGGCGUGGGAUACGGCACGAGCAGGAGGGCGGUGGAGGCCGCUGCGGAGAAGGGCAAGGUUCCCGUCCUCGAGGUUCCCCUUGGCAUUCACGACUUUGUCUACGGCCGCAUAGAGGAGGAUGUUGAGGUGGGCGACGCCACGAGCGGUAACGACGACCAGCCCCAGGUACAGCAGGAGCCCUUGGAAAUGGCCGAGGACACACCCGCGUCGGCAGAUGACGCGAUGGCGGUGGACGAUGAGCAAGGAGAAGAAGAGAACCGAGAGGAGAAGAAGGAGGAUGAGGAGGAUGUCGCAGAACUGGAGCCGCAGCCGCAACCAGAGCCAGAGCCAGAGCUGGAGCUGGAGGAAGAAAAAGCCGGCCAUGCCCAGGACGAGGAUGACGGAGAUGAUAGUUUUGAGGGCGUGGAGAUGCCCGAGGAAGAUGAUGAGAUGGAGGAGUGA